UAGCCCCUGAGGGAGAACAUGGGCAUAUGAGACAGUCCCCUUCACACCAGGCUGUCAGCAAAUGACAGACUUGGGAUUUUUUAAAAAAACCAUUUCAUUGUGCUCUCUGUUAUGUCUGCAGAAACAACUUAUUCUGAACCCAGCAGCUCUUCCUUAUUGGCAAUGUUGCCAUGGCUACUGCAUUCACGUCACUCAUAAUAUUCUGGCUGUGCUGAAAGCCUCAGCAUUUCUGUCAUUCCAGCUUCAAACGCAUGAAAAGCAGGAGACAGGCAGAGCAAGGGGACUGAAAUUUUAUCUACUAACAGGACAACGUGGAUACAACGCUGGUAACUUCGGAAGAAAAGAUGUCCGGUGGGAUUUUCUCUCCUUUGGAAAACCUCUGCGACCUGGAUAAUGCCAACUGCCACCCCCUGGUAUGUUUCCUGUGUCACGAGCAGUAUGAGCAUCCCUGCCUCCUGGACUGUUACCACAACUUCUGUGCCAGCUGCCUGCGAGGCCGGGCGAUAGACAGCCGCCUCACCUGCCCUCUUUGUGGUCAUCAGUCCAUCGUGAAAGGAAACAACGGGCUCCCGCCUGUAGACCGGCUCCUGAAGUUCCUUGUGGAUAGCUCUGCCGACUGCGAGGAGGAAGUUCAGUGUGCAAACUGCGACCAGGAGUGCAAGAAACAGGAAAUGGACACCAUGUAUUUCUGCAACACCUGUAACCAGCCCCUCUGCAGCAAGUGCCGCGAAGAGACCCACAAAGCCAAGAUGUUCUCUCGCCACGAGAUUGUCUCCUUGACUAAGCGCACUAAAGACAUCCACAAGAAAUGCUCUCUUCAUGAGGAACCUUACAUCAUGUUUUCAACAGAGAAAAAAUCCAUGCUCUGCAUUAACUGUUUCCGGGACAUGCAGGUAGAAAGCCGAGCCCACUGCAUUGACAUCGAGACUGCGUACAUGCAAGGCUGCGAGAAGCUCGACCAGGCUGUGAUGGCCGUGAAAGAGCUCCAGACGUCCACACGAGAGGCCAUUGUCCUCCUCAAAGCCAUGAUUGAGGAGGUGCGCAACAGUGCAGAUGAGGAGAAGACAUCCAUCAACUCACUCUUCAGUAGCAUGCAGGAGAAACUAGCAGAGAGAAAAAAGAUGCUUCUGAAAGCUGUUCAGAGUCAGUAUGAAGAGAAGGAAAAGGCAUUUAAGGAGCAACUCUCCCACCUGGCCUCCCUGCUGCCCACCCUGCAGGUCCAUCUGGUCACCUGUUCUGCUUUUUUGAGCUCUGCGAACAAAGCCGAAUUCCUGGAUUUGGGAUACCAACUGAUGGAGAGGCUCCAGAAAAUAGUCAAACUUCCACAUCGCUUGAGACCUACGCAGACGAGCAAGAUAAACACCGAGUACAGGGCUGAGUUUGCCCAUUGCUUGGAGCCCCUGUUGCUGCUGAAUCCACGCCGCUCUGUGGUGGUGAGCGGAGGCACCAUUGGACCAGGGAUCAGCAAUGGAAACAUGCUCUCGGGUGGCCAGUGCUCCAAGACGCUGAUAGUGCCUGGCUGUCCCCCUUCCUGCGAUAAGAUGUCCAUCACAGGCGCUAUCGUGCGAAAGCCAACCAUGCAUCGUUACAUCAGCACCAAGGUCCUGCUGGCCGAAGGAGGGGAGUCGCCCUUCACUGAGCACUGUCGCAACUAUGAGAACAUGUAUCGGACCCUGCAAACAGAGAUUCAGAACCUGAAGGAUCAGGUACAGGAGCUGCAUCGUGACCUCACAAAGCAUCACUCCCUCAUCAAGACAGAGAUCAUGAGUGAGAUCCUACAGAAAUCCCUCCAGAUGGAUGUGCAGAUUGCCUCGGAGUAUUCGUCUGUGGAAAUGAUGCGGAGCAUGUUUGAAGAGAUUUGGGAGGAAACAUAUCAGAGGGUGGCAAAUGAGCAGGAAAUUUAUGAAGCACAGUUACAUGACCUGUUGCAGCUGAAACAGGAAAACAGCUACCUGACAACCAUCACCAAACAGAUUGCCCCCUAUGUCCGCUCCAUAGCUAAGGUGAAGGAACGGCUGGAGCCCAGACUACAAGAACCCAGGGAACUGAAGGAUGACCAGACAGAGAAUCUGCUCAAAAUUUACGAUGACAGCACAGUGACCAGCGACACAACACACAGGAACGACUUGACAAGAAGCAUGGAAGACAACAGGGAGCCCAAAGUGGACAACCGAAUGCUGAACAUUGUCACUGAGGAUUCCCUACUGAAAGACACUUACAGAACCAAACAGAAAGGUGGGACAGAGAGUCCCAGCCAGAAAGAUUUUGCAACUUAGGCAAGGCAGAGUGCCAAGAAGCUGCACUGCUUUGCAUUUCAUAUAUGCAAACAAAAGACUUAAAUAGGAGUUUCUCAAGUACAUUUAUGGUUGAGUCAGGCUGGUAUGUUACAGAGGAUCUAUCCAUUGAAAUAAAGACUUGACAAGAUGGGAAGGACCAGCAUUUCCAAAUUUAGUUUGAUGAAAUUGAGUCUUGAAAUGCAGAUUAAGGCUUCACCAAUUCAGUUAAUCUAAAUACUGUUCUCAUUACAUUACCAGAUGGUUUUUAAUCAGUUAUGGUCGGAUUUCCCAGGCCAAUUUCUUUGGCUAUUUGUGUAUUUUCAACAACGUUAUACUGUAUUUUUCUGCAUCAAUAAAUUCAAACCUCUAUUCAGCAGAGAAGUCCAGUAUCUCCUGAGUCAGAACUCUUUGGUGGGCCCCCCCAUCAGGUCAGUAACUUGUUACUGGAAUUGGUCUCCUUUCUCCUUCACAUGGAAACUUUGAAAAAAACAAAUAUUGAUAUAUUUCACACCUGAAAUCCCUUAUCUCAGCUGCUCAAAGCGAACUGUAAGCUCUUGAUGGUGAACCUAGAAAAAAUGGAGUAUUAAUAAGCCUAAUUUUGACAUUGUGCUAUCAAUUUAUUUUAAAUGCAUGAAAACAGCUAGCUCUACGUAAGUUUUAUUCCCACUACCCCUACUCCCUGCCCCAAUGAAUACAAUUUAUUUAAAAGCCUAGCUAAGUAAACAAUGUAUUCUUUGUUAAAAAUGGAAUGUAGCUAUUUCCUCAAAAAGAAAGUCACCUUGCAUAGCCUUGAAGCUGGGUUUGGGGCGGUUAUUUUGGGGAGGAAUUGUUUUUAACACUUCUGCACUUUAGUGUAAUGAGAUCAGUAGGACAACAAUGUUUUCCUGAGGUUUUUAUGCUGUAGACUGUUCAGAAGUCUUGUUUUCCAUACAAGAUGUACACAGCUUUGUAUAUUAAAAAUCUGAAAAAAUAAAAUAUCAGUUCUUGAAACUUCAUGCAAGUUGUUAAUAUAGCACGAUUACACCCACCAGGGAAUUCUGGGAGGGCCAGCCUGCAUGGGACAACAACCUUCCCACCAGCAGACUUCUCAGAAGGUAAGUUUCAAAGAGAAUAUGUUUCCCUUACAAUCACCACACCUUUUCAGGUUAUUUUAACCAAUUAUAGUUUUAUUUAAUAAAUGGAAAGAAUUCUCAACAUCCGCAAAAGAAAAGAACUUUUAAAUAUCUGUAAUGAACAUUUCUUCAUGUAAGAAAAAAGGGUAGAGCUACUCCAUUCAUUUAAUACACAGUUGGUCUCAGCAGGCCCAAAUAGAUUGUGGAGUGAUUCUAGUAAAGUUUUUUUCAGCACAAACAAACAGACUUCAAACAUCUUGUGAUAUAACAAGGUAACAAUCUCCUAUUGCAACAGGAAUGUUGAGGUGUUUUCAAGGCCGGAGGUGACUUCCUCCUCAUAUUCCAAUCCAAUGACAAAUUACCAAAUAAAAUAAAGACAGUGAGAUCAGAAGCUACUCCAGGCAGUAAGAAAGUGCAAUAGAUGGACAGUUACUCUGUGCCAUUAUUUGGAAGUUGUAUCCUGACCAUCAAAGAACACUCACUCUGUGCUACAAGCAGAAUAUGAAAGUCAAGGAACCAGCGCAAAGUAAAUUCCUAAAGUCAUAACAUGUUUACAAAAAGCAACAGUUUUAGGAAUUAGUUGUUUACCGAGUGACUACGUUACUUUUUGUCGGACAUUAGAAUAAAUAAAUACUCAAAAGUGUUCGUACUAACCCCUCACCCCAACUGACAUUAUUAAUAACCUAGUUUCCUUUUGACAGUUUAUGCUAAUCACUCCGUCCUUCACAAACCUUUGGACAAUAAAAAUGGAGAGGUCAGUUUCACUUUCUGGUUCUCCUGCACUAGCUUAAAAUUGCAAAUUUUAAACUGCAAACACUGCAGGGGAUAGUUUAAAUACAAGCUAAGCAGGUGACUUGAAAAAACCUAUGGAACACUUCUGCGACCUAUUGAGCACAUACAAGUCCUAAAUUUUUGGCCUGAACAACAGGAUAGUGCCUUUUACCCUUGUUAGUAAAUAAGGGUCAGUGAGCCAGCAAUCAGAUUGAUUGACAAGUUUAAUUUGGUAGACUGCUUUAAAAUACAUAGAAUUUUAUGUAGCCUGUACCUUACCUUGUUGGUGGUGAAGAUGUUUUCCCAGGCUGCAUAAAUAUUGUUUGCAGUAGUGAGUUUAAGUCCUUUCCCACAGGGCUUCAUAAGUUAAUUGCCAACAUGAGACUGUGCGAACCUACCGAGGGCCAGAAUGAAGUUCUUACUCACUGGGUACAGACCUAGAAGUUGUUCAUUGACAACGUCUUUGAUUUUUUAAAGACUCUGUGCUGCAGCAUGUGCCAAAGGGGCCAUUUUGAUUAAUAAAUAAAUUGAAAACCCAAUUUGAACUAAAGGGUGAUCUUCAUUUCUUUGUGAAUUCCGAGUCACCUUUCCUUUGGGAAUGAGGGCUGCAGCAAUCAUUCCAGAUAUUUACACCACAGGAUAAAGUACUAAGAUCCCACAUCUCCAGAAGUGGAACAUUAGCGCUAUAUAAAUUGACUUGGGGCAAACUUGGGAUGAACCUACAUGCCCUGCACAAAUCUGAUUUUUGUAAAAGUUCUUGUCCGGGUCAUUGGAGAAGAAAGUGCUUUCACUGACCACUGCAUCAACCAAGUAAAUCAUUUGCUGUGCCCAUUCAUAUUCUUGCUGAUAGACACAAUCUAAAGAAAAUGCAUUCUCACUGUGACAACAUGCAUCCUACAAAGGGCUUAUUCAACAGAACCUGAGGCUUUGUGGGUGCUAGUCAGAACCUCCAGCUACACAGAUGAAAAAAGGUCUUCUUCCAACAUAGCUACAAAUGUUACAUUUGGGUGUUGACUCAGAACAUGUAGAUAUAUCCCAAACCCAAAGGGUAACUGUAGUAUCUAGGCACCAGAAUUGAUGUCUUCAGUGACAGGGGCAUUAGAAAUACCCAUGAUACUUCACAUGAGCAAACUGUUAUCCCAGGCAAGUGAAAUGAUGUAAAGCAUACCAUUUAUGGAGAGUCAAAAAAAGACAAUAACCCUUCCAAACAAGUGCCAAUAAAAGAAUAAGACUAAUUUAUUUAAUUAAUACCCCUCCAUCACACUAAGUUAUCUAAAUAGUUUCAAGUGGUAAAUUUUAGCAGCUAGGAGCCAAUAUGCAAUCCACAAGUCUCAGUUUUACACUGAAGCAAUUACUGGAUUGUUUGCUUUCUGGCCACAACGAAAUGGAGCACAAAAACUGACAAGAGAAUGAAAGUCUCACUGUGAACAAUGACUGUUCACACAAGAGGAAAGACCCAUGAAAUCUAGCCAACUCUCCUGCUGAUAAAGUUGUCCAGCAGUUGUAGACCUAUAGACUUCUGUGGUGAACAGAGGAUUUUUUUCCUAACAAGGGACCUCAAACAGCAGUGUGAGAAAGAUAAUGUGAGCUCAAGCCUCUGACAAUAAGACUAGAGUAGUAACGCAGCAUAAAAUGCUUAGGGUUAGAGAUAUUUGACCCACAUAGUGUCUCACAUAGCACACAAUUAAGCAAGUAGUUUCUCACUGUAUUGCUCUAACAGUUUGACCUAAUAAAAAAUUUAUUCAUGUAAUAAACCAAGUCCCUAGUAUAUUUUUUCACUACCUGGCAAAACAAACCCCAUACUCCAGAGCACUUUUUAAGUUUACUCUGCUGGGUCAUUUUGUGAUCAGCGUGCAAUUUCUCUGUUCUUGAUUCAGGUGAAUUCUAAUUAGCCCAUACAUGCUAGGUACUAUUGCCAUGUCUAUACUACAAGCUAGGGGUGUGAUUCCCCUGCUCACAUACACAUAUUAAUGGUAGCUUGAUGAAUGCUACUGCAAGGACAAAUAGCCGUGUAGCCCCGAGCAACGCAGAGUACAUGCUGACCAGUUCCAGGCAGGUUUGUACUCGGCAUGGCUCAGCCGUGCCUCCAUUGCUGCUACUCAUACUACCGCGGCUACACCGCUAUUUAUACUUGCACUAGCUCUCACAGAGCAAUGGCUAGUAUGUGUACACGAACAGGGGAAAUUACACUGCCAGCUCCAGUGCGAUGCGUUUCAACUUUCAGUGUCAAAGUGCUUUACAAAGAAGGUCAGUAUCAUUAUCAAUAGUAGGUUUAGUUAUGAAACAUUUAUACAAUGGAAAAAUUCAUACGAGAAACAUCUUAAUAAAAUAAGCGCAGUUAAAAAUCCUUGUUUGUAUUAAGUUUUUAACUGGUUUGAGAUUUCUUCUGAGGUAUGUUGGCUACAGACAGAUAGCAACAUUUAGAACUCUCUUUCAGAAGUACAUUGGAGGCACUUCUAUUGCAAAGGAAAAGCAAUCUGAACAGGAAUCAAGUCCUUACAAAUAAUUAUGCAGAGGAAAGACAACAUUAACCAAAUAACAGCCCUGC